CAGGAAGCGAUUUUUGGCUGAUGUGGACAAUUUAACGGAUGAAAUAAUCUCCCGCUAAGUAACUAGCAACAGUCGAGCAAGCCGGUGUCAAAGAAAUAAACAUUAUUUUUUUAACAAUGGAGCGAUGAAAAUAUGUAGCGUUUGAACUAAACCAUUUUUUAAAUUUGUAAGAUCUGGAAUAAAAAUAAAUAAGCGAUCAAACAAUGAUGUCGGAAUGCGAACCAAACGAGACCGAUCCGGUGGUGGCGGAUGACAUAGCCCCGGUAGCCGCCGCCGCCGCCGCUGCUUCUACCACGGAUCUCAACUUUCGGUCACAGGAGCCACUGUCGACGUUGUUCGAUAGGAACACAGUCGGGUCUGGGACAAACCCGGGCGUCGCGAUUCGGAUCUCGGGUUCGUGUGAAAGUGUUCUUACCGAAUUGGAGACGGACGGUUCUGGUGAAGAGACUCUGUUGUUACCGUGUUUAUCCGGAGGCACGUCGUCACCUCGGGGCGAGAGGCAGAAGAGGACGAGGCGGAACCGAAGGAGUUCAUCGUCGGAUAAAGAUAACCUUACCUCGCCAGGUAACAGUAGUGGAGACUUUAACCAUUUCCCCGGUGACCCAGAGUUUGGUGACAUCAUUCAGAGGGCGGAGCAGGCCAUCGAGGGCGGAGUCUUCCCAGAGAGAAUCUCUCAGGGUUCUAGCGGGAGUUACUUCGUUAAAGACUCCAAAGGGAAAAUUCUCGGUGUUUUCAAACCAAAGUCUGAAGAGCCUUACGGUCACCUCAACCCUAAAUGGACCAAAUACUUUCACAAGCUGUGCUGUCCAUGUUGUUUUGGCCGUGGCUGCCUGAUCCCCAACCAGGGCUAUCUCUCAGAGGUUGCUGCCUCCCUCGUUGAUACCAGGCUAGGACUGGGGGUGGUCCCCAAAACCAAGGCUGUGUAUCUAGUCAGUGAGACAUUUCACUACAACACUAUCGACAGGGCGAAGUCCAGAGGGAAGAAAUACGCCCUGGAGAUGGUUCCCAAAGUAGGACGACACUUCCACAGAGUGGGCCUGCCCCCCAAGCUUGGUUCGUUCCAGCUGUUCGUGGAAGGGUACCAUGAGGCUGACUAUUGGUUGAGACGUUUUGAGGCGGAGCCUCUCCCAGAGAACAUCAGGAAACAGCUCCAGUCUCAGUUUGAGAGGCUCGUCAUUCUGGACUACGUCAUCAGAAACACAGACCGAGGGAAUGACAACUGGUUGAUCAAGUAUGAGAAGCCAGGGGAAGGAGAGGGAGAGAAGGCCAUCCAGAUAGCAGCUAUAGACAACGGCCUGGCCUUCCCCUUCAAACACCCUGAUGAGUGGAGAGCCUACCCGUUCCAUUGGGCGUGUCUGCCCCAGGCUAAAGUGCCCUUCUCCCAGGAGACCAGAGAGCUGGUGCUGUCCCGUCUGUCAGACAUGAACUUCGUUCAGGACCUCUGUGAAGACCUCUACGAACUGUUUAUGGCAGAUAAAGGUUUUGACAAGACCAUGUUUGAAAGGCAGAUGUCAGUCAUGAGAGGACAGAUCUUAAACCUGAGCCAGGCGUUGAAGGACAAUAAAACUCCCAUUCAGUUGGUCCAGAUGCCCAGAGUCGUGGUGGAGAGACGGCGGACUGGAGGACAGGGGAGGGUGGUGACAUUAGGAACGGCUUUCACCCAGACCUUCCACUGCAAGAGACCGUUCUUCUCUUCCUGGUAGAGGGAGGGAUGUCUGGAGAGAGGACAGGGGAGGGUGGUGACAUUAGGAACAGCUUUCACCCAGACCUUCCACUGCAAGAGGCCGUUCUUCUCUUCCUGGUAGAGGGAGGGAUGUCUGGAGAGGGAGAGAGGACAGGGGAGGGUGGUGACAUUAGGAACAGCUUUCACCCAGACCUUCCACUGCAAGAGGCCGUUCUUCUCUUCCUGGUAGAGGGAGGGAUGUCUGGAGGAGCUGCUGCAGGGGUGGGUGGAGAGAUGAGGAGGGAGGGAAGAGAGGGAGCCUCCACUGCAACACAAUGACCUACCCUCCUGGUAGAGAGGGUGAGAGAGGGAGAGAGGGAGAGGGUGAGAGAGGGAGAGGGUGAGAGAGAGAAAUGAAGGGACUCUCAGAGCAUAUUUCCUCCUGGGAGAGGGAGAGGGUGAGAGAGGGAGAGGGUGAGAGAGAAAUGAAGAGACUCUCAGAGCAUAUUUCCUCCUGGUAGAGGGAGAGGGUGAGAGAGGGAGAGA